UUGAAAAGUUUUUAUAAGAUGAACUGGUGUUAUGCAGCUUGUGUUGUUGCUCGAUGGAAAUGAAAGCUUAUGAUGGACUUACAUAAUGUGUUUAUUCCUCUACUUCUGUCUUGCACGUCUGUGUUUACAGUACUUUAUGGACAGAAAGUUGUCACUGAUCCUAAGGUUACUGUGUACCAGGGUAAUGAUGUCACACUGUUAUGCCAAUAUAUCCAUCGAAGCUCAGAAGACAAAAUUACACAAGUGCAGUGGACAUGGCAGAAUCAGUCCAGUGAAUAUAAAAUCAUGGUCUUUAACAAUGAUUAUGGUCUUCAUAUACAUGAGACACCCCUGAAAGACAGAGUCAGCUUCAGUAAGAGCUCUCCUUCAAUCGACGAGGCCUCCAUCAUCAUCAGAGAUGUGAAGAUAAGUGAUCAGGGACUUUACAGCUGUGACAUCACAAUCUUCCCUGGAGGGAGUCUUACAGGACAAACCACUCUUAUAGUGUUAGAAGGAGCUCCUCUUGCUGAUCUGUCCACAGACAGUCGUCCUGUUCUGUCCACCGCUGAGGCUGUAGGGAUUGGGACUGCUGUAGUGAUCAUCACUCUGAUUAUUGUUGUUGUGGGGUAUCUAUUCCUGCAAAACAGACGACGAACCGGCAGAACUUUCACUUAUUACACAACUCAGAGCCCCAGUGACCUACAACAGGAUGUCACAUAUUCUGAUGUCACAAUACUGAAAUCAGGCAAGGCUAACAGAAGCACCUCAACAUCAGGUGACAUUGAAUAUGCUGCGGUUUCCUUCAGCGGUCGUUCAGAAUCAGCGUCACUGCGAGCAUCAGCCAGUCAGAUGGCUUUGGGUUCCCACACAGCAGAGCAGGACACUGUGUAUGCACAGGUGAAGAGAGACUGAUUUUGAGUAAAAAUGUCAAAACUUAUUGUCCUAUUAAGA